AUGGUGCUGCUCGGCUGGAGUGUGCUGUGGCUGCUGCUGCCUCUUGGCUCCAGGGCCCAGAAGCUGCCCACUCGAGAUGAGGAGCUUUUCCAGAUGCAGAUCCGAGACAAGGCGUUUUUCCACGACUCAUCAGUCAUUCCAGAUGGAGCCGAGAUCAGCAGCUAUCUCUUCAGAGACACACCUAAAAGGUACUUCUUUGUGGUUGAAGAGGACAAUACUCCACUCUCGGUCACGGUGACGCCCUGCGAUGCGCCCUUGGAGUGGAGGCUGGGACUGCAGGAGCUGCCCGAGGACAGCAGCGGGGACAGCUCAGGUGACCCCGAGCCCCUCGAGCAGCAGAGGCAGCAGAUGACACACGAGGAAGGCACGGAGCUGUUCUCCUACAAGGGCAACGCCGUGGAGUCCUUCGCUUCCUCCAGUUCCCCCGCGGGUCUGUACCAGCUGGAGCUCCUCUCCACGGAGAAAGACACGCACUUCAAAGUGUACGCCACCACAACUCCAGAGUCGGACCAGCCGUACCCGGAGCUGCCUUACGACCCCCGAGUGGACGUGACCUCCCUGGGGCGCACCACGGUCACGCUGGCCUGGAAGCCGAGCCCCACGGCCUCCUUGCUGAACCAGCCCAUCCAGUACUGCGUGGUCAUCAACAAAGAGCACAAUUUCAAGAGUCUCUGUGCAGCAGAAGCCAAGCUGGGGGCGGACGAUGCCUUCAUGAUGGUCCCCAAACCUGGUCUCGACUUUAGCCCCUUCGACUUUGCCCAUUUUGGGUUUCCUCCCGACCACCUGGGCAAAGAACGCAGCUUCCUGGCAAAGGCUUCUCCCAAAUUGGGCCGUCCCGUGCACCCCAGGCCCAAGGCGGACAUUCAGAAAGUCUGCAUAGGCAGCAAGAAUAUCUUCACCGUCUCCGACCUGAAGCCGGACACGCAGCACUACUUCGACGUCUUCGUGGUCAACACCAACACCAACAUGAGCACCGCCUACGUGGGCACCUUUGCCAGGACCAAGGGGGAGGCCAAGCAGAAGACCCUGGAGCUCAAGGACGGCAAGGUGACGGACGUGUUUGUCAAGAGGAAGGGGGCCAAGUUUCUCCGCUUUGCUCCUGUCUCUUCCCACCAGAAAGUGACCUUCUUCAUCCACUCUUGCCUGGAUGCUGUCCAGGUGCAGGUGAGAAGAGACGGGAAGCUGCUUCUGUCCCAGAAUGUGGAGGGCAUCCGGCAGUUCCAGCUGAGAGGAAAACCUAAAGCCAAGUACCUCGUCCGCCUGAAGGGAAACAAGAAAGGGGCUUCCGUGCUGAAGAUCCUGGCGACCACAAGGCCCGGCAAGCAGUCCUUCCCCUCUCUGCCCGAAGACACGCGCAUCAAAGCCUUUGACAGGCUCCGCACCUGCUCCUCGGCCACAGUGGCCUGGCUGGGCACGCAGGAGAGGAACAAGUUCUGCAUCUACAGGAAAGAGGUGGACGACAACUACAGCGAAGACCAGAAGAAGAGAGAGCAGAACCAGUGCCUGGGACCGGACACCAGGCCCAAGUCGGAGAAGGUGCUCUGCAAGUACUUCCACAGUCAGAACCUGCAGAAGGCGGUGACCACAGAGACCGUCGGAGGUCUGCAGCCCGGCAAGUCCUACCUGCUGGACGUCUACGUCAUCGGACACGGCGGGCACUCCGUGAAGUACCAGAGUAAAGUCGUCAAGACCAGGAAGCUCUGCUAG